AUGACUGAGCAAAUAGAGGCCGCAAGUCCCAUCCGUCGAACGCGGAUCACGCGGAUCGCCUGCAAGGCUUGUCAUGCCAGGCGGGUCAAGUGUGAUGCUGCAGACGGGCUGCCGUGCAUGCACUGCCGCACCCGACAGGACCCCUGCGAACUGAUCGAAUCACGAAGGGGCAAGUACACUAGAACACCAUCCAAGAGACAGCAACGCCGAACCCGCGGCAGCCUUCCUAACCUGACCCCGACUGAGGAAAGCCAUCUUGGCUCGAGUCAACCUGUAAAUGUUACGGCACAACAGUUGGUUGACAGUGAGAUCACAGAAGCCGAGAAGCCUCCCGAGCGUGAGGCGCAAGAUGCUCAGAUCGCGGGACGUGGUGAAGGCUCAGCCCAUCUGCUGAACUCACUGAACCUGUCCUCUAUCAUUGACAUGGUUCGCCGUGCAAAGGAUGGCGAUUUCGAGAAUGUCCGUGCCACAACCCACGAGCUGACUCGCCUCGUUGAAAAAGUGAAUCUUCAACCGAGCAUCCACUUGCAUCAGCAGAUGUCUGUGGAAGACGCCCUCGUCCUACCCGACGGGCCGAUAAGUGACAAAAUGAUACAGUUCUUCUUUGAGUAUUUCCAUCCUGCAUACCCAGUCAUUGAUAGGUCAGCAUUUAUUAGCCUGUAUAGGCAAGGCAAGGCGUCUACUCUGCUCCUACACAGCAUCUUCAUGGCUGCAUUAACCUGUGGCCCCGAGAGUCUCGUGCGGCUGGCUGGGUACACCGACCGAGCCACAGCCAAAAAGGCGCACUUUCAACGCGCAAAGAGGUUGUACGAAGUCGGGCAUGAAACGGAUGCCACGAGCGUUGCGGCAGCACUCCAUCUGCUCAGCUUCUGGUGGAGUGAGCCGCACGAACAAGAAUCGUGGAUCUGGGCAGGGUGCUCUGUGACUUUGGCACAGUCGCUGGGCAUGCAUCGCGCCCUGGGAAGACGCAGGAUGAGCAAACGAUUAGUGUCAAUCUGGAAGCGCAUAUGGUGGUCUAUCUAUAUUCGCGACCGACACAUCGCAGCAGCACUGGGGCGGCCGUGUCGCAUCAGAGACGAGGAUUGCGACGUCGAGGCUCUUACAGAGGACGACUUCUACGUAGACUUGGUUGCCGACGAUGAACUGAUAGCGCCCCAGAAGGCCCAUCAUGUGUCUUAUUUCCUUGACAUUGCCAAGCUGUCGGCCAUACUUGGGGAUAUCCUUAUUGGGGAGUUCAGCCCUCGUCCGCCGGCCCUGGAAAGGAAUGCUUGUAUUUUACUAUUCCGGCCAAAACCUACAAGAAACCAGGCAAUGCCGGAAUCCGAGCGAGCCAAGAGAGCCCAACGGGCGGCAGAUGCAAUUACGCGAACUGCUGAAGAUCUUUUGUCUGUCGACUUAUUACAGCACACACAGCUUCACCUUGUCCCUGGAUUGUUCAGCGCCCUAUCCGUCUAUACACUAGCCCUCGAUGGAAGAAGCAAUGUCCAUCGGAAGCUGGUAGAAAAUAAGUCACGGCAAUGCAUAUUGGCAUUAAGUGAAUUGGUCAAGGUCUGGCCAGUGGGCAUGUGGCUAAAGAUGGCCUUUGUAAACCUAUUACGGCGACUUGUUAGCCAAAGAUCUGUGGACGGUGCACGGGGGGAUGAGGCCAACGAGGACAUGGAGGUUCUCCAUGGCGAUCAGUUCCAUCCCAACUCGGCUGUUCAGCCUGUACAGCCUCAAGAAGUCUUUCUGGGUAGUGGGCUUGGAACUGCCAUUGAUUUUGCAUAUGACGCCUCUUGGUUUGGGAGUUCAGAAUGCAUCUUUGAUGCAGAAAUCUUUCAGGAAGAACUCUCCUCGUUUGUUCCAUAG